AUGGAAGAAGACCGGGCGUUGACAGAUCUUGGCAUCGCCGCCGACAUUGAAGAAAGUCAUCGGCAGCAAGCAGAAGACGAGGCACCUGUGGUCAAGCAACCCAAGAAGCGGUUCGUCGGUCGCAGGACAGCCGCGGAGGCUGCAGCGAAGAAUGCUUCAUCGACAGAAGCCUCUAUCGAAGACUCGGGGUCAAUACAAGUGGCCAAGCCCCGGCGUGGGCCCCGUCUACUGAAUCAGGUCCCCCCCGAGAUACUCAAGGAUGCCGCCCUCAACGACGCCAUUGCUCUCCUCCCUUCUAACUAUAGCUUCGAGAUCCACAAGACUGUGCAUCGUAUUCGAACGUCGGGCGCCAAGAAGAUUGCCCUACAGAUGCCUGAGGGCCUACUACUCUUCGCUACCACCAUCUCCGACAUUCUUACCGAGUUCUGCCCUGGCAUCGAGACCCUCAUCAUGGGUGACGUUACCUACGGCGCAUGCUGCAUCGAUGACUACACGGCCCGCGCCUUGGGCUGUGAUCUUCUCGUGCACUACGCCCACAGUUGCCUCAUUCCUGUUGAUGUCACCAAGAUCAAGACCUUGUACGUCUUCGUCGACAUCUCCAUCGACACCCAGCACCUCCUCGCGUCUCUGGAGCGCAACUUUGCCUCGGGCAAGACCAUGGCCGUCGUGGGCACCAUUCAGUUCAAUGCCACUAUUCACGGCGUGAAGUCCUCCCUUGAGAAGGCCGGCUUCCGCGUGCUCGUGCCCCAGAUUGCGCCGCUCAGCAAGGGCGAGAUCCUGGGCUGUACGUCGCCCCGCCUCAAAGACGACGACGCCGUCGACAUGAUCUUGUAUCUCGGCGACGGCCGCUUCCACCUCGAGAGCAUCAUGAUUCACAACCCCUCCAUCCCCGCUUACCGCUACGAUCCCUACUCGCGAAAGCUGACGCGUGAGACGUACGGCCACGACGAGAUGCAGGGACUCAGACGCGACGCCAUCAAAACGGCCAAGCGCGCCAAGCGCUGGGGUCUCAUCCUGGGCUCGCUGGGACGACAGGGCAACCCCCACACCAUGGCGCUGAUCGAGGCAAGGCUGAAGGAGCGAGGGAUCCCGUGGAUCAACUUGCUGCUGAGCGAGAUCUUCCCCGGCAAGCUGGCCAUGAUGGCUGACGUUGAAUGCUGGGUGCAGGUGGCGUGUCCACGGUUGAGCAUCGACUGGGGCUAUGCCUUCCCGAGACCCCUGCUGACGCCGUACGAGGCGUUGAUCGCCUUGGAUGUGAAGGAGGAUUGGGGCAAGGGGGUAUAUCCGAUGGACUACUACGGGAAGGAGGGAUUGGGAAGGACAAAGGCUCUGGAAGUUGGGGCGAAGGCGUAA